AUGGGCAAGCCCAGCCGCCGCCCGGAGCGCGACCCCGAGCCGCCGCCAGCGGUACGCGAGCGUCUAGUCGCAGCCGCUGAGCAACAUGCUGCCGCGGCCAGGGCCAGCGCCGAAGCACCGGCGCCGAGGCCCCCAUGGACGCUUCGCUCCAUUCUUCCAGAGUCUCUGCUGCUGCCGUGGUGGGUGGUGCUGUUCCUGUCGGGAUACGCGCUGCUCAAGCUCGGCAUGGGCCUCGAGCACCCGUGCGGAGUCCUCGGCAUUUCCGGCAGCGUGAGUCGCGGCGCAAUCUCCAAGUCGUACCGCGCCCUCUCCAUGUGCACGCACCCGGAUAAGCUGCGCGCGAGGUCGGAGGACGACAUGAAGCGCGGCGAGCUGCUCUUCAAGCGCGCCUCCCGCGCCCGCGAGGAGCUCCUCGCCUCGAUGCGCGCGCCUGGUCCUGCCGCACCAGCCGAGGCACACCCGUCCGAGGCGGGCGGGGCGGGAGGCGAGGGCGAGGCGUCGGCCGAGGCCGCCGCGCAAGCGACGUGCUCGACGGAGCUGGACGCGGCUCUUUACCGCGGCGUCGUGGCGGUCGUGUCCUACCUACGCGAGCUCGGGCUGCGCCACAUCGGCCUCGCGGUCGGCGAGUUCCUCUGGGGCGUGGUCAGCUUUGAGCACGGCCCGACCUACACCUGCUCCCUCCUCCUCCUCCUCCUCACGCUCCUCUCCUUCGUCUGGGCGCUGGUCAGCUACCUCGUCGCCACCGGGCCGGACGCCUCGUCGCUGCUGCAGCUCUCGUGGGCGUGGUCGGCGGCAGACGUCAUCUGCGUCGCAAACAUCAUGCUGCUCGGCGCCACCCUCGCCGCCACCGCAAACGCCGGCAACGAGCCGCAGCUGAGCGGCUCCUUCGCCGCCGGCCUGGCGCUGCGCACCCUCCUCUACGAGCUCGCCCCCUCUCGCGCCUGGCUGCCCCUCUCGCAGCUGCUCCGCUCGCAGCAGCUCGAGUUUGUGCGGAUGGCCGAGGUGGCGGCGCGCGCCCACGGCGGAGUCGGGUCGUGCUCCGGCGGGCCGGUCCGCUCUGCCCUCGGCUGGCUGGGCGCGCCGGUGCUGCCGCACCGCGUGGCGGUGGCGGCCAAGGCCUUCCUGCUGCUGCUCCCGUCCCUCUCUGCCGCGCAGCGGCGCGAGGGCCGCCCGGCGAGGCUGCGCUCGGGCGAGCUAGUCUGGCGCGUGCUGCGCCGGCGGCUCGCCGCCGCCGCCACUCUCUGCGUGCUCACGUGCGCCCUCGUCGCCUUUUACGCCACUUUCGAGCUCAACGCCGUCAACGGGCCGCUCGGCAAUUUGCUGACCGUCACGCUGGCGGGCGGCCUCGGCGAGUCGCUCCUCGGGGUGCGGGGUCGGCUGCGGCAGGCGGUCUUCUUUCUCUUCUUCAUGGCAAUGUAG